UCGAGACUCGAACGAUCAGGUUUGGACCAGCUUGGUCAUUCAGUAGUACGUUUUCGGAUGUGUCGGUUCGCGUCGUACAAUUAAACACUGCAAUGGAUAAAAAAAGCAAUUUUACGAGAAUUGAUAAACCAUUUAUACCUCGGUGGAUCCACGAUCGCACAGAAUUGACGCCGCUGGAGCAAUCUAUUGAAAAAUUCCGUUCAAAAUUCCGAACACGGGAACCAAGCAACGUUUUUAGCCGUUCUAGAAUCCUUGGCUACUUCAGUGUAGACGGUGAUGGUAAUUAUUUAUCCGAUUCAUCAGGUCUGAGAUAUUUCAAUCCAAUGGAAAACCAAGUUCCCAUCGAUCUGAAUGAAGGUUUUGACGACUUUGUGGUAAGCCAAGAAAAAAUACAUAAAGAACGAAAGUUGCAGUGGAUAGAUGAGAAUCGUGAAACGAUCAAAGCUGCUCCUGAAACUGGACGCUUGAUAGAACCAAAUUUUGUAUGCGCCCCUCGAAUAUUAGUGCAUUUCAUGUCCAUUCCUUACGUACCAAUUCAUAGCUGGAAUUUGUGUGCUGCAAAAUGGAAAGGAACAAUAUACAUUAAUACUGCUAAAGGUUUUAAAAGAGGGAACUAUGAAAAUGAAGAAAAAUUUUGGUAUUGGAACCGCAAAUUCUACGAAUACUUCUCAGAAUCUCCUGAGGAAGCUCCGAAUCCUAAAAAACCAUUGGCAGAGUCUGAAGAAUUUCGAUGUAUCUAUCAGCGGCAGAUUGGCCAACAUUCUGUGCUGUAUUCGGCUUUGCGAGGGGCUGCAUUGCCCAACAAAAUAUUUGCAAAUCCAAUACCGCUUGAUGAACUUAAAUUCAUCGAUUUGCGUACAAGCAAGUCAAUCAAACAUAAAGGACAUGAGGUCUCUUUGAAGAAAUACAUAUUUUUAAGAUGGUGGACAAAUGCAAUUCUCGUCAAUGAUGAUCAAGUGUUAUGUGGUUUUCGAGAUGAUAAUGGAAUUGUCCACGAAUUGAAAACAUACAAAACUGAUGAUCUGCCCAAAUUGUCCGAGGGUUGUUGGGAUCCACAGAAAUGCUUUGACUCCUGUGAAACAAUCUUGACAAAAAUUGCAGAAACUGUCGUUGACGAUUGUGACAAAACGAUCUACCAAAUUGUCAAGAGACGCAACGAAGACUUUGAGAUCAACAAGUUGGAGCCUUCGGAAGAAAAUUCUGUUGUACCAGAAUGGUAUAAAAAUUCAAUGAUUCAAUAAAUCCGUCGCUACGGUUCAAGUGUGAAUAAUAUAACAGAAACAGUUUGAAUAUUUUUAUGGAAUAAACAUUUUUUUAUGGAACAUAUGCUCAAGUUCAUUCUCUGAAAGUGUACGCAAAAAAAAAAUAAAGAAUUUUGUAUUGAA